GAUUCGUUUAAAUUUUACAUUCUAUUUUUUAGGUUAACUUAAAAACAUGCGUCAUAUCCUUCACGUUGUACCUGCGGCGGUGAAGGAAGAGUAUACAAACAAUAAUAAUGAUCGUGUCACUGGUGGAUCUAUCGAUUUUGUGGAGAAAGAAAGGUUUUACUGUAAUAGCAGGAUAAAUUUACAUAUGGAAAUAAAAAAUGGACUCAUUUGACUCCUCCGAAUUCCCGGCUUUGAACUUUGACACUGAAUUUGAGUCAGUAUUGACGCCUGCAUCAGUGCCAGUGAAUGGAAAUGGAGCUUCCUCGUCUUCAACAUUUCAUUUACCCGCAGGUUCCUCAACAUUUGGGAUUUCCCCUCUUUGUACAGGAUGUCAAAAGUACAAAUUGGAAAUGGAACGCAUGGAUCAGGAGCAUCGUACAAAUUUCCAGUUCCUUAAGAAGAAAAUUAUUGGAACAGACUUGGUUAUCCGAAGAUUUAAAAGCAAACAAGAUGAGAGUGAAGCUCAGGUCGGAAUGGUAGAGAGCCUGAAGAAGAAACUGGUUCAAGCCAACAGAGACUCCACCCUGCUGUCAGAACAGCUGAGGUCGACAGUGGAAAGUAUCAAGCCUUUGGAGGAGGACAAGACUCGUCUAGAAGGAGUGGUGAGGAGAAAAGACGUGGAGAUCCAAAAUUUGCAUACGAGGCUAAAGGCGGAGGAGGCUUUCAAGACUCAAAAGACGGCGUGGGACGAAAGGAACUUCAACAUGGCUCAGACUGUGGCUGGCCUGGAGAAAAAGAACUACAGCCUCAACACUAGGAAUCGUGUACUGGAGUCCAAGAUGUCCGAUCUGGAACAUGAAAACAAGUCCCUGAAUAUGCGAUGUUCUUUCUCAAACCGGAAACUGGAAGAGAUGUCAACUGUUUUGAAAAACGCGGAGGUUGAGGUGAAAAAGCUCUGGGCACUGUGCAAAUCUAAUGGUCUGGUCCAGGGAAAACGGCCUGCUGUUGUGCCGCAACGUUUGAAGUCUUUGAUGAGGAAGUUCUCCUCAGGUCAAGGAAAAAGACAAGCGGAGGAAGAAAGUAGAGCAGAAGACAAGGACAGCGACGAGGACACGAGUGCGUUGUUGGAGGACAUGGUGUCAGAUCACGAAGACGACAGCUGUUUGGAAAGUAUCGCCGACGACCUUGACUCUGUGGCCAGCGGUGAUGAGGGCAGUCCCAGGGGGGAGAUGAACGAGACGUUGAAGAAUAGUGUCGACAGUUCUGCCGGAAAGUCAAUCUUAAGUACUCAUUGUGUCCCUGGAAAUUCAGUUUCAAAUAGUGGCCCCACUAGCGGUGGGAAUUCAGUCUCAAACUGUGGUCACACUCUCGUUUCGCUGAAGGGGCGGGAUAGAAAGAAAAAGGAAGUCAUUGGAAACAAAAGCAAUAGAGAUGGGCAGAGAGGGAAGCUGAUUGGAGUCGGGCGGAAAGAAAGUGGGUCAGAGGAUGAGGCAGCGAAAACCGCAGACAAGAACUGUGUAAAUACCAACCUGAAGGGUAAAGUAGGUCAAGGUAGUAGCAAGGUUCAUAUUCUGCCUUUCAGUAUUAAGCCACACUCUUCAGUGAUGGGGGCAAAGAGCGUUGGAAAGAGAGCUCCACUCAUAAAGUCAUGUGUGAAAGAAUUGGGGGAAAGUGCCGCACAAACUCUGCCUGCGAAGGAUUCUCUUCAACAGCAGCGAAGCGACAAGGAAAAUGAAGCAGGCGAUCGGGACGACGAUGAUGAAGAGAGUGACUGGGAGGAUGAGUUAGGAGCUGCUGACUGUUUUAACAAUGAUGUGGGAAUGGAGAAAGAAGAGGAGGAGGAGACUGCUCAUGGGGCUAUUCAGCCACGUGGGAAGAGUCCCGGUGUUGGUGACGACGGGGAGGAGGAGGAUGAGGACAUGGAGGAAGAGGAGAGGUCGCCAUCGGUCAGUUUGGAAGCGGUGUUCAGCUUUGCCCACAUCGAGAACAUUUUGUCUCCGCUGGCCCCGACGCCUUCUCCUUCCCCCAGGCCACGCUCGGUGUCUCCUGUCAGUCGGAGAAGGAGCCCCUCCCCUUGUAGUACCUCAAGGACGAACAGACCAGAUACAGAGGCAGGGAACACACGCAGAGACAACGAGACACCUCCACCACCCCGCCACUCUGCCGACGUUCAUGGCACGGGUGUCAAGGUCAAGUCGACGUCUGCUGAUGUCUCCAAAAGCUCUCCACACGCAAGGUCUGAGGCUGAGGCUGAACUGGCUGCCGUGCUGAGCGAGACAAAGGCGGAUGAGGGCUGUGGCAACGUGGUGGAUGCCGAGGUGGAAGGUAUUCUGGCUGGGGGGAGUGUCGUCCGUGGUGGGGAGAUGACGACGAAGAUGAUGACGUCUGUUGAGCCCAAGGCCUCUUUGAUUCAGCGGCGGGAGAUAGAGGCGGAAGGAGAGGAGGGUACGGUGGAGGGAAAAGAACAAGGUGCUAUGUUGUUCUCAGGUUCUGAUAGCCAGGAUGUGGAGCGGCCUUCAGUGUUUUCCAUGUCUUCCGCUGCUGCAGGCGCAGUGAGAAAUAACGAGACCUUGACCUCCUCUGCUGCGGCGUCUGCCAGUGAAACGUGUGCUACACUUACUCCAUCUGACUCAAGUCAGGGUCAAGGUCGGGUUGUCUGUCCCUCUAGUAGUUCUUCAGCUUUAGUCGUAGGAGGCAGGGAUGCCUCAUUGAGGCGAGAGACAACUACCACCACCUCCAUCUCAUCCACAACCCCUAUCACAACCACCUCUACGGUGACCAGCUCAGUGUGUGCGGAAGUAGACGGUACUGUUACCACUACCACCGCUGCUGCUUCUGGUGCUGCUACCAGUAUUGGAGCUAGUGUAGAAGGAAAUUCCACUAUGUCUGCACCCCCCAACGAUGCUGUGAACAACAGCGGCAACGAAAGCGCAAGCUCUGAUCUGGUGAGACUCGACGCAGUGGAUGAUGAAUCGGCGUUAGACGAUUUUCUUUUCUGCUCCUCCAGCAGUAACGAUGGCCCUAGAGAGAAAACGGCGUCUGGAGUGAAGGACGGAGAGAAAAGGACGUCUGGAGCGAAGGACAGAGAGGAAACGGCGUCUGGAGCGAAGGACGGAGAGAUGGAAUAUGGGUCUGAGAUGGAAGGUGCGAGCUGCGCUGUGGACCACCGUCACACUGGUGGUGGCGAGGGACAUCCGUCUGUCGCAGCAGGAGAACCUGUAGCCGUUGAGUCUGGGAGUGGGAAGAGAAAUCCCUCCACUGACUUGACUGAGGUGAUGGGGGAUAUUAGUGACCUGAGCAGCGUCGAUGAGGAUGAUGACGAUGACUAUAGCAACAGCGAUAAUGAUGAUGGAAGGGUGGCGAGUGCUGAUUAUUCUGGAAAGAAGAAAAAAUUGCUAGUCAACAAAAGUGCGACUUCUUCCGGUCUCAAAGAAGUUUGUGGUGGCAAGUCUGUGAUAUCCGGAGUUAAAACAAAAGGUCGUGUUGGUGCGAGGGUCAAGAAGACACCUGUUAAGACAUCUGUACCUAAGGGUCCAGGGUCUACGAAUACCUUGACCAAAAGUGCUGAAGUGAUAGAAGAACUGAGUGACCUAAGCAGUGAUAGCGAUGAUGAUGAUAACAAAGGUGUUGUUGGAAGUGUGAAAGAUGUAAAGAAUUCGGGAGCAAAAAGGACCGUGGCUGUCUCAUUGUCUUCGGGUGAUAAAGAAGAAGUUAUUCGUAAACAUGUGACUCCUGCUGUUAGCAGCGAGGGUAAAAACAGAAACUUGUCUAGUGUGAUAGAGCGGAGUGCUUCUUCUUCCACUCCUCCUGUGCCAUCUUGUGAUACUUCUAGCAGCAGCAGCUCUAGAGUGGGUCGUGGUAAAAGUCCCGCUGUUUCUGUGAUAAACGACCCUAAAGAAGAUGUUCCUAGUCUCUGUGUGAAACGAGGCUCGAAAGCCGACUCGAGUGGAAAGAAGGACUGUGGGUCGGGAGGGGGCGGCAGGAAAGGGACAGGGUCUGUGAAGACUGUGACGACGAAAGGCAAGCUAAUGCUGAAGGAGCAAGGACUCUGUCUCUCUAGUGACUCUGAUGAUGAGUCGGGCAACGAGUCGGGAUCAGCGAUGAUGGGAAGUGGUGGAAAGAUUGAGGACAGUGCGUGUGGUGUCAGCGAGAACGGCCAUGCAGAUGCAGCAGUCUCGCCGGCAGCUCCUCGGGACACGAGCAGCAAGGUGGUAUCUACGCCUGCUGAUGUGGAAACUGGGGCUCCCACCUGCGUUGUGCAAAGUGUUGGAAGACGCAGGUCAAGUCGCCUCAGUGAGAGCAGUGUCACGUCAACCACCACACAGCUGGGAGAGCCUGAGGCUCAGAUUUCUUCAAAACGAAAGGGUGGUUCUGAUGAGGCUGGUAGAACGGAGAGAGGUGAGCAUGUUCUCUCGUUGGUGGCAAGUCCUGGUUUGAAAACUGCUGGGUCAAGUGUUCAGCUCUGUGGAAUUGGAAGAGCUGUGGCGGGUAGAAAGGACAUAUCUCAGGAGAAACAGUCGUCAGAGCAACCAGCUCGUCCCACAAUCAACACACACCCACCCACUGACAAAACACACCCCUCAACAACAGAUGACAAAAACUUGAAUGCUGAAAGUCAUUUUACAAGCACUCACAGAGAAAACGAGGUGUCCUCAGGACACUUGAAAAAUACUGAAUCCCCUUCUGAAGGGAAAUCGCAGAGUGUUUCGGAAAGUUCUAAUGCUGCAGCUUGUCAAAAGGAUGCGAAUGUGCGGAAGACUUUGCCUGUAAAGCCCUUGAAUAGUGAUGCAGAGAGCCCCCAGGGGUCACAAAGAAAGCUUCAAAUGGCCUACGCUGCUCAACAGCUGAGCAAAAUGAUUGCCAACGCCAAAAAUAGUAUUUCCAAGAGGAAGAAAGCGAAGGAGAAGAUGACAGCAAAGAUGGACACGUCAAUUGGGACUGCUCGAGCUGCCAUGAUGAGAAGAACACGGGGGAACGACAGAAGGAUGGAAGCAGAGGAGGAAGAAAAGGCAGAAGAUGAUCCUCAUGGUUGUACCUCUGGUUUCAAACAAGCAGUAGAUAGCGACAAUGAUGUCGACAGUUCUGUUGCAGAAGUCAGUCAGGAAGAGGGUGACGUGCUUAACGAUAAAAAGAUUUCUCUCACAAAAGAACAUGAGAAACUUCAAGAUGUGCCAAAGAGUGGAAAGGGUGUGAAGACACAGCCCUUAACAGAUGACAAAAGCCUGAAUGCAGAUAGUCAUAUAACAAACUCUCAUAGUGAAAACGAGGCAACUUCGGAGCACUUAAAAAAGAGUGGCAAAGAUGAGGACAUGGUCUCUGCUGCUGAAUUGACCCGUGAAAACAGUGGUGCAGUUGUCUCUGGAAAAGUCCCCCGGAAGAAGACACGCAGGAGAAUUGUGACAGCUUCUAAAGCUAAAAAAGACCUUUCUGUCUCGGGCAUUGGAGUUGUAGCAAGUUCGAAAGCCCAUUCUUCCCAGGCCAAAACUACAAAUGCCGUUGUCAAACCAAAUGACUCGGAUGUAAACUCAAGUGACCUUGACACCAGUAGCCUUUCAUCUGAUUCGGAGGUGGGCGCUGCUGAUCUCAGCUCACCUCGACGACGACGCCCUCUUCCUGGGUCAAAGAGGAAGUCAGAAGAUGAUUCGAAGUUUCUCAAUAGUGCCGAUGCGCUUUCUUGUGAUAGUGAGGAGAAAACUCUCCCUCUUAUGAAAGAAGAAAGUAAUAUUAUCUCCAUAAAAGAAGAUGCAGUUUCAAGUGUCGCCUCUAGUCUCAAAACACCUAAGACAUCAGUGCUGAUAGAUCACGGAGAUGUAAAAAGGAAUGACAGUAGCCGUUUGAAACAGAAACGGUCAAAGUUACAAAGCUUCAGAAACAACGGCGGCUGUGUUGGUAGUGGUUCUAGUGUGGAUCCCUCCAAAAUCAAAAGCAAAGAAUUUGUGUCGACGUCGUCUGAAGGUGAAAGCUCAGAUGAACUCGAAAGACAGCAGAGAGCGGAUGACACCAGUGUUGAUCCUUCCUGUAGUAAAAGUAACGGUGAUCCUUCCUGUGGUAAAAGUAACGGUGAUCCUUCCUGUGGUAAAAGUAACGGUGAUCCUUCCCAUGGUAAAAGUAACGUCGAUGGGCCCGUGUCAGAAAGUGCAUCUUCUCCAGUGUCAUCGUCUCAGGUGUUUGGUCAAACUGAAAAUACUUUGUCGUUCACGACCAUUGAUCGUUACGAGAGCUCUGAGGGCCCUCAGCCGAGGCAGAGGAUUGUCAGGUCCUUUCUGUCUCUCGGAUUUUCUGUGGAUGUUGGCGAGAAAGAAGCGAUGCAGACGGAGUCUGAUUCGGACAAUGAAACCUGUGAUGUGGACCAGAAAGACGAUUCCCCUCCGUCGCUGACCCAGUCAGGGUCCUCUGUGAAGGCCUCGGAAAACUCUGCUUUUAGUAUUGUGAAGUCACCCAUGAAACGAUCAACUUGUGAGGUCAAUAGCUCAUCUAAUGCAGAUGCAGCAGACAUUUCAGUGAAGGGGAAUUCCAUUUAUUCUGGAAUGUCCAUUAAUGGGUUGGAACAUUCCCAGCCAACAAAAUCGUCAGGCUCAAAACGCAACGAGUCUUGUACCGUAAAUACUUCCGACCCGUCAACCCAUGCAUCGCCAGCACGAAAGGAGUUGCUUUUUAGAGAUGUCAAGAGACAGAACAAGGCAAGUUCUGUGACCGAGGGGCUUGGUAAUGACAGCGAGGCUGGGGGUGGUGGUGGUACUGUCAAGAAAGGAAGACAUAAUGAAAGCAAUCGCAAGACCCAACCUCUGACCUUCAUAAACUUUGUGAAGUCAGACAGUCUUCUGCCUCAGGGAGCGUCAGUCUCAGGAGAACAGACAGCGACAGAUGGGUCAAAGGUUAAUGAAGAAGGACCUGGAGAAGUCCCCACUCCGGUUUACGAGACGGAGAAUUCAGCAGAUAAAGGUUUAAGUCAGGAAGAGCAUGGUUCCGGAAUGGUCGCAGCGUCUUUGAAAAGAAAACGGAGUGAUGAUGAUGACGACAAGUUGUCACAAUCCGAAGGCUGUCUGUCAAACGACGACGGCCCCUCUGUGUCAUCGCCGCCAAAACACGCCAAACUCAGCCACGACGACUUUGAGGUCGCCGCUCUCUCGCAGGCUUUCAGCUUUUUCGACCUGCCCCGCAUCGUGUCCCCGCUGGCACCCACCCCAUCCCCGUCCGCCGAUCGCAUGUCGAGACGACAGAGCCCGAACCCGCCUAAGAUGCCCCUCCUGGCUGCAGAGACGACAGAACCGGGUGACAAGAUCUCCACAACUACGACGACUGGGUCCACUUCCUCUACCUCUACUUCUGCUGGUGGCAGGACUGGCAUGAAGGCAGCGCCGGGCAGUUUGUCGCAGCAGAUGCUAGAGGCGAAGAAAGUGCUGGCCAGACGGAAACUGGCUCAGACGGAAAAGCAGAGCUGUCCUGUCGUUAGGAAUCAAAGAAGUGCAACAGCCGCCGGCAAAGAAAGUGGGAAAUCAAAGCAGGGUCAAGGGUGGAGGGGUCCCCCCGGGCCAGCGGUGUGGUUGACAAGAGGAAUAGUUGUUGCUGAGGCAGUGGAUAAAUACCUACGGACCAAAACCAACAAUGUGUUCGACCAACUGUUGUCUGCUUGCGAAAGUACGGAGGGAAUCAUCGGCCGGUCGUUUGUCAGCAAGGAGGAAAGAGCCAUAGGAGAUUUGGUGCUGAGAUGCUUUCAGGAGGAACAGCCUCUUGACAAGUCUGUGCUAUUCAGCCGCGUGUGGACAUCCAUCUUUAGCCACGACAGUUUGCCGCAGCACGCAAGGUUGGCUUUGUGUCGACUUUUCACUCUCCUGUGCAUGGAUCAAGGCGACCUUGAGCAGGUGCGAGUGCUGAUGUACAACAUGGCCUGGUGCGGCUACCUGGACGUGGUCCGGCUGACGCUGUCUGUGGUGGGCGUGUGGCCGGCCACGCUCGCCUCCAGCUUCCUGGCGGGCUGCUCGGCCAUCGGCGACGUGCUGGGGCUGGUGCUGCGGGACAAGGCCAGGGGAAGUCCCGAACUGGUCAGUGGUGGCUGUUCAACCUUUGACCUCAAACUCACAAGGAACGAUCUUAGGUCAAGUCUUCAACAAGUUCAUCUCUAAAAAGCCUGGCGUUCUGGAAGUGGAGCUGGAGUGUGUGGAGGCCCUGCUGGAGAUGUUGCCCCUGUGCGCCGAUAAAGGCCUUGAGAUCCUCAACCGGUGGCUCGCCGGAAACCGCAAGCGCUGCCCCAACCAGACGUUCGCCAAGAUCAUGCAGGCCAAGAGCCUGCUCAGCCUGAAGAAAGCCAAGUGAUUGCGGUCACGAUGAUGCGACAUCUGUGUGGCUUGUGCUGUGCCCUCUCUCGCACCGCGGCUCAGCCAGAAGAAAACCAAGUGAUUGCGGUCACGUCUCAGAGCGACAUUUGUGACUUGUGCGGUGCUCUCUCUCGCGCGCGCGCACUGCGGUUCAGCCAGAAGAAAUCCGAGUGGUCACGGUCACAUCACAGCGUGACAUUUGUGACUUUUGCAGCGCUCUCUCUCUCUCUCUCUCUCUCUCUCUCUCUCUCUCUCUCUCUCUCUCUCUCUCUCUCUCUCUCUCUCUCUCUCUCGUUCUCUCUCUCGCACCGCGGCUCAGCCAGAACAAAGUCAAGUGAUUGCGGUCACGAUGACGCGACGUUUGCGGCUUGUGCUGUGCUGUGCUCUCUCGCGCGCUGCGGUGGUGGUCACUUUGUCGUUAUUAUCAAGCUGUGCUGUGAACUUGAAUGGGAAAAUGACUGGCUUGUGUCCCGUCCUGCGCUCUCACAUGACCUUAUGCUGUUGCCAUCGCCGUAAAACUUUUUACCUAGGUGGUUGGCGGGUGUUCUGGUGU